AUGCCCGUCCUCUCAAAGCUCCUUCUUCCCCUCCUGGCAACCACGGCGCUGGCCGCUCCUAAGCUUGGGAAGCGAUUCACAUUCCCCAUUCCUGAUUCCACCGGCAGCGUGACCUUCGACGAGCCGUACGAGAUUGGCGCGGGCGAGACUUACGAUGGUGAGCUGCAGACCUUCGGUCGUGGUGUUGAAUGUACCGGCCAGGACGAGGGUGGUGAGUCUGACACUGUCUUCAUCGUCCACGAGGGUGGAACCCUUCGCAAUGCCAUCAUCGGUGCCGACCAGAUUGAGGGUGUGUACUGUCUCGGUGCAUGCACUAUUGAAAACGUCUGGUGGGAGAAGGUCUGUGAGGACGCACUUUCUCUGAAGGAGGGCAGCGGUCCAUACAACGUCAUCGGCGGUGGUGCUCAAGGCGCCGAGGACAAGGUGAUCCAGCACAACUCCGAAGGAGAAGUCAUAAUCGAUGGCUUCACCGUCUACGACUUCGGCAAGCUCUACCGCUCCUGCGGAACGUGCGGCGACAUUGCGCGCUCUGCGACGAUUACCAACGUCAUCGCCGUCUCUGGCUCGACCAUUGCCGGCGCAAACGGCAACUUUGGUGACGUUGUCACCAUUGACAGCUCGAACUGCGCGACCGAUGUCAGUGCUAUUUGCACCACAUACGAGUCGGACUCUGACGGUGGUGAGCCGGAAGAGUCUUCGACUGACCCUACUGAGGCUUGUGUCUUUGAGGAGCUUCCCGCGUGUGAAUAG